AUGCUUAUCCAUGGGAACUUCUUCUGGAGGAAAGCAAACCCGCUGCUUUCUCUGUCCAUUGCCUUCACAAAGUUCUUCAUUACUCCUAACUUGAUAGAAAAAUCUGAAAUUUAUCUUUCUUUCUCAUUUUUUCUCUCUCUUUCUGUCAUUUCUUUCUCCAUUUUCUUUUCUCUUCUUCUCCUCUCUUUUUUUAUCUCUUCUCUUUCCUCCUCUUUUUUUAUCUCUUCUCUUUCCUCCUCUUUUUUUAUCUCUUCUCUUUCCUCCUCUUUUUUAUCUCUUCUCUUUCCUCCUCUUUUUUUAUCUCUUCUCUUUCCUCCUCUUCUUUAUCUCUUCUCUUUCCUCCUCUUCUUUAUCUCUUCUCUUUCCUCCUCUUCUUUAUCUCUUCUCUUUCCUCCUCUUCUUUAUCUCUUCUCUUUCCUCCUCUUCUUUAUCUCUUCUCUUUCCUCCUCUUCUUUAUCUCUUCUCUUUCCUCCUCUUCUUUCUUCUCUCCUCUUCUUUCUUCUCUCCUCUUCUUUCUUCUCUCCUCUUCUUUCUUCUCUCCUCUUCUUUAUCUCUUCUCUUCUUUCUUCUCUCCUCUUCUUUAUCUCUUCUCUCCUCUUCUUUAUCUCUUCUCUCCUCUUCUUUAUCUCUUCUCUCCUCUUCUUUAUCUCUUCUCCUCUUUAUCUCUUCUCCUCUUCUUUAUCUCUUCUCUUUCCUCCUCUUCUUUCUUCUCUCCUCUUCUUUUCUUCUCUCCUCUUCUUUCUUCUCUCCUCUUCUUUCUUCUCUCCUCUUCUUUCUUCUCUCCUCUUCUUUCUUCUCUCCUCUUCUUUCUUCUCUCCUCUUCUUUCUUCUCUCCUCUUCUCUUUCCCCCUCUUCUUUCUCCUCUCCUUUCUCCUCUCUUGUUUCUCCUCUCUCCUCUCUCUUCUCUUAUCUCUUCUUACCUUUUUUUUUUUUUCUCUCCCUCUCUUCCUUUUUACAUAA